UUCUGUUGAGUAACUCGUUAGAUAGAAAGUAUGGUUCAGGGCGCGAGCUGAAGUAACAAAGUGUUUCCGUGUUUUCACAACAAGAAAUUACUCCCGUGUCUCAUAAUCGCUCUACCAGUCUUGUCUCAUAUGGCCGUUGAAGAGUGACUACCCAGUUUUUGUUGACAGACCUUGUUACGAAAGGAACCUCGAACGAGUUCACCAUGGCGGACGAUGACAAAAGCGUGUUGAACACUAAAACCUAUUCUGCUAAUUGUGAGUCUCCUCCAGAAGCGACAGAAGAAAGGCCUGUUGUUGAAGGUGUAACACCUGCUGUGGUACCCAAAAAUGCAGAAGAUGAACUUCCUGAAAGAGGAAACUGGGUUGGAAAGUUGGACUUUAUUAUGUCAUGCGUCGGUUAUGCCAUUGGCCUCGGUAACGUCUGGAGGUUUCCAUAUUUGUGUUACAAAAAUGGCGGAGGCGCCUUUUUAAUACCGUACCUUCUGACGUUGUUCUUUGCCGGAAUCCCUACGUUUUUCUUGGAAACUUCGCUCGGUCAGUUCCUGGGUGUGGGGGGUUUGGGAGUGUGGAAAAUAUGUCCAAUAUUCAAAGGUGUGGGUUACGCCGCAGCUGUCAUGGCCUUUUGGUUAAAUUGUUACUACAUAGUAGUCUUGGCAUGGGCCAUUUAUUACGUCGUAUCUUCCCUCGACGUGGACAUCCCUUGGCGGACUUGUGACAAUUGGUGGAAUUCGAUAUUCUGCAGGUCAGAGUACGAAGAGGGAGGGCUUCCCAACUGCACCGGUAAUGCAGAGAUGGACCCUCCAAUAUGUGCUUAUAACCUUUCGGACCAUACAAUCUUCAGAAGUACAGUGAAGGAGUAUUGGGAACACAAUGUGUUGCAGAUUUCUAAUGGGUUAAACGAACCUGGUGAAAUUCGGUGGCAACUGGCAAUAACCCUGGCUGUAGCUUGGAUCCUCUGCUAUUUUUGUAUUUGGAAGGGAGUAAAGUGGACCGGUAAAGUGGUGUACUUCACGGCUUUGUUCCCAUAUGUUUUACUCUUUAUUUUACUGAUUCGAGGACUGACGCUACCUGGCUCGAGUGAAGGAAUCAAAUUUUAUGUCAUGCCAAAGAUGGAUAAAUUAUUGGAUUCAAGUGUAUGGAUCGACGCUGCAACUCAGAUUUUCUUUUCUUAUGGCCUCGGCCUUGGAUCUCUGAUCGCUCUGGGAAGCUAUAAUAAGUACAACAACAAUGUUUACAGGGAUGCCUUAAUCGUUUCGUGUAUCAAUUCAGGGACAUCUAUGUUUUCUGGAUUUGUCAUCUUUUCUGUAGUUGGAUUCAUGGCACACGAGCAACAUAAACCAAUCGAAGAAGUCGCUGCCUCAGGUCCCGGUUUGGCUUUUCUUGCUUACCCGUCUGCGACGAUGAAGCUACCCAUAUCUCCUCUUUGGGCAGUUCUGUUUUUCUUGAUGAUAAUGAUGCUAGGAUUGGAUAGUCAGUUCUGCACUAUGGAAGGAUUUAUUACAGCCAUAGUGGACGAAUGGCCGCGAUUGCUGCGACCCCACAAGGAGAUUUUCAUCGCAGUAGUUUGUUUGAUAUCAUACAUCAUUGGAUUGGGUUUUGUGUCUCAGGGUGGUAUGUAUGUUUUCCAACUUUUCGAGUACUACGCAGCCAGUGGAUUUUCUCUGUUGUUUCUUAUUUUCUUCGAAGUGGUAUCUAUUUCGUGGUCAUAUGGAGUAAAUAAUUUCUUCAAUGAUCUGAAAGGAAUGAUUGGAUAUUACCCAUGCUUGUGGUGGAAACUGUGCUGGGUAUUCUUUACUCCAGCAAUCUGUGGGGGCGUGUUUUUGUUCAGCUUAGUACAGUAUAAACCUUUGGAUUACAUUGGAUACGUGUAUCCUUGGUGGGGCCAGAUGAUUGGUUGGAUGUUAGCCUUAUCCACAAUGUUAUGUAUUCCAGGAUACGCAAGUUAUAAAAUUAUUGUAACUCCGGGAACCUUCAAAGAGCGUUGUAAGAAGCUGUUCCGACCAGAUAUUGAUAUCCAGACUGAAAUAAUAGAAAGAAAACUACGAGAGGGCAGCAUGGCUACAACAACAGCAGUUUGAACUGUUACCAAAAAGACAAAUUGAUUUUGUAGGGGAGACGUGGAUAACUUUUGGCAAAAUAAUGUAGGAAGCCCGUAAAUGAAAUAGAAACCUGUUUAUAGAAUGGUGUUUCACUUUCCGUAGGAUUGUAGCCAAUGGAUAUAUUUGGAUAACACUUAAAGCUUCACUUUUUAGCUAUUAGAUGGCGCCCAAGUUUCAACGAUGGAACUAAUUUGUUUGUUCAUAGAGACUGUACUUAAACUGAAGGAAACGUCUUUUAGAUAAUAUAUACGAUAUGUAUUUGUACACCUUUACAAAAUUUUGCAUAUUACUUCAUAUCUGUGUUUCAAUAUAUAAUAUUUAGAUGAAUAGGUACAUGAAUAUUGUGAUUUCAUUGAAACAGGAAAGUUUCAUAUACUAUACUGAUAUUUAACCCAAAUAGCUCAUAAACUCUCUGUAUAACCCGAUUUUUUAGCUCAUUCUGUAUGUGUUUUGCUACUCUGUCAGUAACGAAACGAUGCUGAACCGCUAAUGUCUAGUUUGUUGUAAACAGUGAAACGCUAUAUUAACAAUAAUUGUGUACUGUAUUAUGAAAAUGUACACGUUCUAACUCACGACGUAUAUAUUAUUGUUACCACAGUCAUUUCAUAGCUCAUGAAGUGUUGCUUAUUGUGAACAUAAAACGUCACAUAUUCCAUGAUGUGUUGUUUAUUGUUAGAACGUAAUUUAUUCUGAGUAGUGAAACAUCAGAUAAAUAUCACAUAUUAUAUUACAUAUGGUUUUGUGAGCAAGUGAAACGUCACAUAUCACAAUACAUGUAGUCUAUUGCAAACAGCGAAAUGUCACUAUUACAGCAUGCGCAGAUUAUUGUGAACACUGAAACAUCACAUGCCCCAUGAAGUGCAGUUUACUAUCACAGUAUAACUCAGGGGAUUAUAAAUUAUUUUACCAUUGAACGACAUGUAAUCUACGAAGUGUAGUUUAUUUUAAGUGAAAUAUCACAUCAAAUACAGUUUAUUGUGAAUUUUGAAACGUCACAUAUCACAGAAAGUGUAUUUAAUUUUAAAAAUUGGAACACUGGACAAGCCAUGAUGUUUAGUUUAUCCUAAGUGAUUAACGUCAUGUGUUACUCGACAGGCAGUGGGAGGUAAAACGUAGAUAUCAAAUCACGUAUACGUUUGGUGUUAAUUAAGCGUUACUUGUUACAUUACGCGUAUUUGAUGUAAGUUAUUACAUGAGCGUACUUUAUUCUGACUAGUAAAGUCAUACAUAAUAUAUGAUGUGUAUAGUUUUCUGUGUAUGUGUUUUGACGCAACGUUAUAAUUGGUGUUUGUAUACACAGUAUAUGUGUGUAUAUAUAUAUUGCGAUUCCAAUUUAUUAUUUUAUAUUUGGACGUUAUUAAAUUACUAUAUAUAUAUUGCUAUAUUCAGAUAGGGCGUUAAUUAGGAGAUAUCAGAGAUUUAAGUCAAAGUUAGAAGUUUUUAAGCAUUUUUCAACGUUAACCUUUAGCCUGCUUCCCUUUAGCUAAACAUACUUAGGCUAAUGAAAUGUCAUGGAUAAACAAUGCUCAUGUGGCUCAAACUACGAAUCAUAAAUAUACAAAUCAAAGUUUAAGGUCAGAAGUCUUUCUCAAGUGUUAGGCUCUUACUGUUAGUUUAUUGUUAAAACUUCUUAUAGCUGAUAGCGCGUCUGACUGCUGAGAGUUUUAUUGUACGUGAGUUUUUGACACCUAACUGUUUAUUCUCUGGGACAUGCCACGAACAGAAUUGGCACACUUUUCCUUCACGAACUGUUUCGUUGGAUAGUUUACAGGAAUCACAUUUUCUACAGCAGUGAAAUUGAUUAGUGCUUUGUCUCGAGUCACAUGCAAACCAUAAGUAGAAAUAUGCACGUGCUUUGAAAUGGAAAUAAAAAUUUCAAAUACUAAGUUCCCUUGUUUUUUUUCAAAGGGUGUUGUAAACCCAUUAUGUUGGGCAAGCCCUCAUUACAACCCAUUGCCGACCACCAUUGAUUGCAUGGAAAUAACCACAGAAAUCUCUGUAGAACUAUUAGUUAAUUUAUUAUUUACUUACUCAGUUCGUGUUUAUGUGAUGAUUUGCGUCUUCCUUUCCCCCCUCUGUUUUGCAUAUCGUUGCUUUUGAUAUAUAUUGUUUUGUAUGCGUGCCCUCCCGUUCUUUACUUGUAGAUAGAAACAGUCUUUGAACUAUUUUAAUCAUAAAUCAUACACCUUUAAAUCCUUUUGUUAUAUGCUAUGAAACAGUUUUAUGGCUUGCUAAUUAUUAUGGCCUUCUUACAAAGCUUAAUUUACAUCAUUCUCUGCUUUGAAAAACAAAAUAAGGUAAUGCACGACGUACAAAGAGAGAGAUUUUGAGUGUAGUUGUGAAGCCUUAUUUAAAAGUUAUCGUGCUACUACGUUAAUUUCAUCAGAUACAUUUGGUAGUUUAUUUACAUUAUGUCUCUUGAUGACAUUGGCUAAUAUAACAAUUUUUAUCUAUUUAUAUUUUUGCCACGAUAGACAGACACGAUUGAUAUAAACAAACGAGCCAACAAGUAAAAUUAAAAUAUAACAUGUUAACGAAUCAUGUGCUUUGGGAUGGUUUUAUUUCACUUUCAAAGUUAUUUAGCAUAGAAGAUUUAUUUUAACCUUUAAUCAUAAAUUCUGGGUUAGGAGCUUAUUUGAUAGUCUAAACAAUGGAGUUCAAGCUGUUUAACCCGCGAAUCAUAUGUUGAUAAGCGUCUUGUAAAGUGUUGAGUGAUAGUAAUACUUUAUGGAAAGUCAAAUGUUCUAUGUUUGUUUGUGCGUAAUAUUUUAUCAGUUACAACAUAGGUUAACAUAUCAACUAUUUCUUAUUGGGCUUGGUGUUCUAUGAAGCAAGUUAUACGGGAACUGCUUCACCACUAGACGGUGUUAGUCUUCCAUAAAACAAUAUUGUUAACAUAUCAAUUAACAGUAUAUACACACACACACAUAUAUACAUACGUAUUUAACAUAUACAUGUUCGUGUGUGUUAUUAAGGUUUGUAGUUUUACAGAAAUCUUUAAUGCUUGUUUCAAUAAUUCGGCAUAAAGCCGUGAAUUUACAGUUUCAACCAAAAGUUCGUAUGACUGACUGUGCGACUAACUUAUUACUUUAAUAUACAGAUUUUUAUGAUAACUAAUAUAAUAAAUAUAUUUAGUUUCAACCAGAACAAAAUCUUUAAAAAAAAAGUUGUUUUGAAAAUUCCAUUUUUAGAAAACGAUCAUCAGUACGUUUUUUCUUUAACUUUUUGAAAUCAGUUUUUUGUUUACUAUAAGCCAUAUGCCACGCUGGUACAAUGGUAAGUCUGAAGGCUUAUAACGCUAAAACGGGAUUUCGACACCUGUGGUUUCCAUAGUACACUAAGGCACUUGUGUAGCUUUGUGCUUAACUGCAAACAAAAGAAAACUUUUAAGUUAUGAGAUGUAAUAAAAAUUCAUAUUUUGAUUCAUUUCAUUUUCAAUCCAAACUGAGCAUUUUGUUUCUAUGAAAUUAUGUCUAGCAUAUGGGAAACCAUUUCGACUAUAUGAAGUAGUAAUUUCAUUUGAGGUGAAAUACUUCACUUAGAGUAACCUAAAACGAUGUAUCUGCACAUGUUAUUAUUGGUAUUAAUGUUUGUAUAUUUAUUGUAGGUUCGUAUCUUUUGCUAUUUUGUGACAAAAUAAAUUUGUU